AUUUGUGGUCGACAGGUCUUAAGCGUUUCGAAUCAAGUUGAAAAACAUGCCUAAAUAUCGGUGUUGACUAAUACAUGUAUAACAUUGAGGCAUUUUAAAAUUAAUUCUUUAUCAAACUAUAGUUUGGAAUAUAAUGCAACUAGUGUUAUUACAUCACGACACAUGUAAACACAUCCUAAACAUUAGAUCUCUUUGUUGUGCACACUGGAGAGUCUGAAGGAAAAAUAUGCUUUAACAGUCAUCAGAUGUAUAAUGAGUGGUGAACAAUCUGCACAUUCAACCAAUUACGAAAAGCUCGUUAUCAGUGAUAUGUGACCCUGAAUGAGAAAUUCAAUAGUGCAACAAUUUACAAAUAGACAAAGAUAAAUCGAAGGCGAAAGUAUUCGCCAUGUAGUUAAACUAAGUUGUGUUUCAUUUUUAAAUAUAAGUAUAUCGAGUUUGACAAUACAUGCAUUAUCAUUAUAUGGAUUAAGCUUGGGAUGUUCGUAGUAUGAAUAAUGGAAUAAAUGUGUUGUCGUUCGUGUUAUUUUCUAGUGCAGACGCCACGCUGUGAUGAUAACAACGCCCAAGAUUUGCUUAUUCUUAAAUCGAUGGACUUCGCAUACACACAUAUUUCAAACGUUCAAACUAAUGUAUAGGUUUUCCAAACCAAGCGCAAAGAAAAUAGAACGAACGUUUAAUGUAAGAUACCUGCAAGGUUUACGGGGAGAGUAAGUAAAAAACACAUUGACGCAGAUAAAGAAAUAGAAGAAUAGAAAAAAAAUGGGAAAGCUAACAAACAAGAAUACAUGGUCGUUCUACGCUUCUGGAGCGCUUAUGUUCGCUCUUUCCGGUGGAUUCCUUGUCCUUGUCGGAUUUGUGAUGCCCUACUGGGUUGUAUUCGACCAUCAACCGUGUCUUGGCAACAGUUCAUACAACGGGACCGUGUACGUUAGCGUCUGGUACGGCAUGGUAUGCGAUAUGGACAAGCCGACGUACUGUCGGAUGAAGGGUAUUCGGCCACAGACCAGAAACAACUUUAAUUUCAGCCAGCUAACUGGAUGUAACGCGGAAGAUCUAUCUGUUAGUUUGGCUUCCGGAUUAGGUGGCUCCGGAUUAUGGACGGCCGUGCAGAUUUUGACGUCAGUCGGUCUUGUUCUGAUAUUUGUGGCCUCAAUUAUGGUAGAGGCUUGGAGAUGCGGAGGGUACCGUAACAGAGGAUUUGUCGCUGCAAUGUCUAGUUUCCUCAUCAUUGGAGGAGUUGCCAUCCUUGCGAUGGUGAUACUAGUUAUCGUAGGCCUUGUCCAAUCCUUUGACGUACCGAAGUUGUCUGAAAGGGUGCCUGGAACGUUUGUGUGGUCCGUUCUCACUUCCGGUAUUGGCGCCCUUCUGGCGCUCGCGGGAGGCUGCCUAGCGACGGUGGAAGUUCGCAAAUGGGUAGAAUUUGGUAAAAAAGAUGAUAACAAAGACGUUCCAAUGAAAACCGCGCAAGAAACGUCUUCGAAGCAAAUCAACAAACCUUACAGUAUUGAAGAAUCCAGAACUGUUGGUCAAAGAGUUUCCCGUCCAUCUUCUAGUGGUACCGAUGACAAGGAUAGUAACCGAAAACAAGAGGAGUUCAAUAAAGGUUAUGAUAAUGUUACUAGAAAAAAUAGCGAAGAACAUCCCUAUGCAGUGCCUAAGAAGCCAAGCAAACGACAGGUUGAGCACUAUACUGAACUCUAACCUAUGUUUUGGAUUGAUUGUAAACGAUGUGCAGUAAUGAAAUGUCUGGCAUCCUUACUAUGACAUAAAACAACCAUUACAAAUACGAAAACUACACAAGAAAUUUCUGUUUAGACCCUGCUAAAUAACAUGUUUAGAUGUCUGGUGCUGGAUGUAAAAACACUUUAACAUUUUUCUUUUAACCUCGACUAUUUGUACGCAUGACAGAAAAUCAUUUUGUAAAUCAAAAUAUAUGUUUUCUUAAUCGGAACAUACUUGUUAAGUUUAACAAUGUAUAUUGGUUUUAAAAGGUUGUGCGUUUUUGUAUAGUAACCACUGCAAAAGUUAUAAAAAACUUGCACAAUGAAUAUGUUAUGUAAGUGAAGCAAUCAGAUACAUGUAUUAAGUCCAUAUAUUUCACAUUUUUAUGUUCAUAUUGUGAACGUAAUAAAAUUUAUAAAAUGA